CUCACCCACCAACCCACUCACACCCACUCUCCUCCUCCAAAUAAAAAGCGUUUCAUAAACUCCCAAACUCUCUCUCGCACAGACCACUCCAAGAGAGAGAGAGAGAUGGCAAUGGCAGCGAUGGCUCUUCGCAACAGACUCUCCUCUUCCUCCAUCAACAACUCGAUUCGACCUUUCGUUAAUCACUUGUCCUCUUUGGCCAACCAGGCACUACAGGAUAAGGAAAAAUCUCGUGCCACUUGGAUUAAGCAAUUGAAUGAACCACUGGAAGUCAUCGAUCCCGUCAUUGCCGACAUCAUCGAGCUCGAAAAAGCUCGCCAAUGGAAGGGACUUGAGCUUAUACCUUCCGAAAAUUUCACGUCGUUGUCGGUAAUGCAAGCUGUUGGGUCUGUCAUGACCAACAAAUACAGUGAAGGGUAUCCUGGAGCUAGAUACUAUGGCGGAAACGAGUACAUUGACAUGGCUGAAUCCUUGUGUCAAAAGCGUGCAUUAGAAGCUUUUCAUUUGGAUCCUGAAAAAUGGGGAGUCAAUGUGCAGUCACUAUCUGGAUCCCCUGCUAACUUUCAAGCUUACACUGCUCUGUUGAAACCUCAUGAGAGGAUCAUGGCUCUUGAUCUACCUCAUGGUGGACAUCUUUCACAUGGAUAUCAGACUGACACCAAGAAGAUAUCUGCUGUGUCUAUAUUCUUUGAGACAAUGCCAUACAGAUUAAAUGAGGGCACUGGUUAUAUUGACUACGACCAGUUGGAGAAAAGUGCCACGCUUUUCAGGCCAAAACUAAUAGUUGCUGGUGCGAGUGCUUAUGCACGCCUUUAUGACUAUGCACGCAUUCGCAAGGUGUGUGAUAAGCAGAAAGCAAUUUUGCUGGCUGAUAUGGCACAUAUCAGUGGAUUGGUUGCAGCUGGUGUUAUUCCAUCUCCUUUUGAAUAUGCAGAUAUUGUGACGACCACAACGCACAAGUCCCUUCGUGGCCCACGCGGAGCUAUGAUCUUCUUUAGGAAGGGGGUGAAAGAGAUUAACAAACAAGGGAAAGAAGUGUUGUAUGAUUAUGAAGACAAAAUCAAUCAGGCUGUCUUUCCCGGACUUCAAGGUGGCCCACAUAAUCAUACCAUAACUGGUUUAGCAGUUGCACUGAAGCAGGCCACGACUCCAGAGUACAAGGCUUAUCAAGAGCAAGUUCUCAGUAAUUGCUCAAAAUUUGCAGAGAGUUUGUUAGAGAAGGGCUAUGAACUUGUAUCUGGUGGAACUGAGAACCAUCUAGUCUUGGUAAAUUUGAAAAACAAGGGUAUUGAUGGCUCAAGAGUUGAAAAGGUUUUGGAAUUAGUUCAUAUUGCAGCAAAUAAAAAUACUGUUCCUGGGGACGUAUCUGCCAUGGUUCCUGGUGGCAUUCGUAUGGGAACCCCAGCUCUCACAUCAAGAGGGUUUAUUGAGGAGGAUUUUGUAAGAGUAGCUGACUUCUUUGAUGCAGCCGUGAAGUUGGCCUUGAAGAUUAAGGCUGAUGCUAAAGGAACAAAGUUGAAGGAUUUUGUGGCAACCAUGCAAUCAGAUGAGCACAUUCAAUCUGAGAUUGUAAAGCUCCGGAAUGAGGUUGAGGAGUAUGCUAAGCAAUUUCCAACAAUUGGUUUUGAGAAAGAAACAAUGAAAUACAAUUGCUGAAGAAGGUUGUUUUUGGUGCAAGAUACAUCCCUUGCAGGACAGGCAAUCAAUGUGUGCGUCAAAAUGUUCUAUAUGAAGGAGAGACAAAAGCAUGGGAGCAUGUUGAGCUUUCAUCUGUAUAAUCCAGAUAAUGUUUGUUUAAAAUUUCACGGCAAAUGUGUAAAUUAAAAUUCUGUUAACUGAUGCUUUGCAAAUUACAAACAUUGAUUGUUACUAGUCAAUUGUUUUGUCAACUAGCAUAUUCUAAAUUUUAAUAUCUUUUAUUUUUAGGUUAUUUUUGGGGGUGUGGGGAAGUUGAGUCAGUUAUUGAAUUAGAUUUUUCUGUGUUGGUUGAAGCCGAACUAGGCUUGAUAUUUGGGCAACUCUUCUAAGUUAUAACCUUCAUUUGCCUAAUGAACUGAAUAAUAAUGAUAAGCAUGGACAAGUGUGUUUUUCUUCU